AUGUCACAGCACAUGGCAGAAAGCAAUCGACAAAUAUCUGCCAUGCUGAGUUCAACCACUAGUUCGACCUUGUCUACAAGCUCCAUCGAGAUUGAACCCAUUACUUUCCAACCUGCAGAUGAGGGAGAAGAAAUCAACCACAAUAGACUUUUCACACGUACAGCGUCUAGUGGCAACGUGGAAAAGGUCAGAGAAAUGUUAUCGGAUGAAACUAUCCGGUCGUCCAUCGAUAUUAAUGCCGGUGAUAAUGAUGGCACACCUCCACUCAUUUAUGCUGCAUGUUUCGGAAAGACCGAGAUGGCUAAACUCUUGAUCCAAUAUGGAGCACAUAUAGAUGUACAAGAUAGUUUCGGCUGGUCUGCUUUAAUGUGGGCUACUAAUAAUGGCCAUGAACAGCUUGUCAAGAUUUUAAUGGAUGCAGGCGCUUCUGCAACAACACGAUCCGCAAAAGGAAGAACCGUCUUUGAUUUUGUCAAUACUGAAAAUCAAAAGUUGGUCGAUAUAUUGGCCAUCAACCCUCGUGAUAGUGUAUCCUCCACCUCUAGUUUAUUUUAUAGAACAACCGGUAGUGUCUCGUCCAACAGUACUGACAAUGAUUAUUAUUACCAUACACAUGAUGAAAGUCCACAAGAUGCUGAAUUACGUAAAAAGCUAUUUGAAGAUACUAUGGCAUUGGCCAAUGACUACGACAAUGACGACGAGGAAAAUGAGUCGGAUGAAGAGAAUGAACAAGAAAGAGAGGAAGAGGAUAUUCCAGACAAUGCGUUUCAUUGGGAUACAUGUAGACCAGACCAAAUGUUUGUAUUCAAUUCUAAUGAUUUGGACGGUAUUUUGGAUCGAGUCAUCAACAUGGUUGAAUUUCCAUUGAACGAUCAACAAGAUAUUCAUGUUCCCUCCAACGUUAUUUUCUUGAGCGCUCGAUUCGCUCAUUAUUUCUCUAGUGCCGAAUUACUUUACCAAGUAUUAGAAGGUGCAUUAAACAGAAUUAGUGCUACCAUCAAGAUCAACGCUCGCAAUAUCCACGCACUUGCUUUUUGGACCAACAACCUGACCAGAUUGUUAUUCUAUCUCAAGAAAGAUUCCGGUCUCGUUGUAGUGACUGCACAGCAACAAUUACAAAUCUCUGAAUUAAUAUCAGAAAUAUACAACAUGAUCAUUAGUGACACAGAAAAGAGAUUGCAUAAAAUCAUCGAUCCAGCCAUGCUUGAACACGAAGAGAUCAAGGUAGACGGUGUUGAUUUUACAGAUGAAUGGCAUCGUUUCUUUCGCUCAAGGAAAUCUGCAGAACAACCUACAUCCAUCACACCGCAAUCGAUAACCCGACUAUUAUCUUCCACCUUGGUGGUGUUACGAUCAUUUGAUGUUCAUCCAAUCAUCAUCAUCCAAGCCCUCGCACAAUUCUUUCAUUUCAUUUCAUGUGAAUUAUUCAACCGUAUCCUGACCAACAAGAAAUUACUGUGUCGAUCCAAAGCCAUGCAGGUGCGCAUGAACAUUUCUCACUUGGAGGAUUGGAUCUCACUGCAGAGAUUACCCAAUCACUUACUAAGUUAUCUCAACCCCAUCAUUCAGCUGCUUCAGCUCUUGCAAUGCAUCACACAUCUCACCGACCUGGCCGAAUUUAUCAAUACCACUAAAUCAUUCGAUACACUCAACUCUGCGCAAGUAAAACGAUGUAUCCUGUCCUAUCGUUAUGAAGUCAAUGAAGUACGUAUACCAGACGAAAUUGAAAAAUACGCCAUGCAAUGCGCAGAAGAUAUUGCCAGACACAAACAUGAACAUGACAAUGAGGAAGGAGAUAGUAAAGAGACAAGGGAUACUAAAUUCAUGUUGCCAUUCUCCGUGCCUACAACUCACAUGAUCUCAUUUGGAGAAAAUCAGACGGACGAACAACACAUCAUUCCAGUCAUCUCUGAAGAAUGGUUGACUACCCUCGAUACAGCACAACCUUAA